AUGAACGCGACGCCGACGUUCAGCAGGUUUAACUUCCAUAGCGAGGAGGACCUCAGCUUUGGCAUGUUUGGUGUGUCGGCAGCCACGAACCAUACCGGGUUUCACGAAAGCCUGGAGCCAACGCCAUAUGCUGACGCUUUUCCACUCCAUACACAACCUCCACAUUCAGGAUCUCUUUCAACUCCUCAAACUCCAUUUGAGCUUCUUCCGCGAACCAUCGUCGCCUCCCCUUAUCACCUUCCAUCGAAGUUCGAAUCUCCGGCUCUGUCAACCGGAUCAUCAUCAACGCCCGAGACUAACGAAUCCCAGCAUCUGGUCACCCCCGAGAACGCGCCAAACAUUGCCAUCGGACAAGCUCUGGACAGCGAGGCCGAAAUGGAAGACCUAGACGAUGAUCCUCCACCGCUCUUGAGCUCGGCGCGAAGGAUGCCAGGUAAACCCAAAGCGAAGGAAAACUCGAACCCAAAGGAGACGGAAGGCAAGCGCAAACACUUUCUUCAAAGGAAUCGGGUCGCCGCCAUGAAAUGUCGGAAGAAGAAAAAGGAAUGGGUCAACGACCUGGAGGAGACAAAGUCAGGUCUUGAAAAUCAAAACGCCCACCUCCAUAUGGAGCUAGACGGCCUGGUAGACGAGGCGAGUCGCAUCCGGGCGCAACUCAUGGCCCACGCGAACUGUAAUGACUCAAACAUCGACAAGUGGAUCGAGAACGAGGCGAAGAGGUUCGUCAUUGGCACCGGCGAACGAUACGACCAGAUAUUAGCGCACUUCAGCCCGACGCAGGGCAUAAAUGGCCAUCAAGACGGCAUGCCGUCGUCGUCGGCCACAGGAUCCGAAUACGCCGCCGGCGGUCCCAGCUUGAUCAGCCCCCUGGCGACCCCGUCCCAAGUUCCGCACAACCUCGGCCAGGUCACAUCGCCCCCGACGUUCUUCAACCAGAAUAGACCGUCGAUCAGUACUCCAGGCUGCUACCCUAUACCGUCUCAGGAUCACUUAGCGCAAGGCUUUGACCAGACACCAGGGGUUGAUGACGAACCCGACUACGACGGCAUGUCCAUAUCACUAUAUGAUCACCCAGUCAGCUAG